GAUAAAAGCAAAAACAUCAGAGCAGUACGAUUCAGAAGAGGACUGAAUCCACUGGCUGAUCUAAAAAAGACACACUGCAGCUGUAACGGCCACACUUUUAAGGUAUAUAUCCAGCCGGUAAACUUGGAAACGGUCCGUGAAGCCAAGAUGGGGUUCUCCUGGAUACUGCUCCUGGCUUCACUAGUUACGUCCACCACUUCGUCAAAAACACGUGAGUGGGCUCAUCACGGAUCUGCGAUGUUUGCCGAUCUCACUCCCCAAGAGAUGAAUGGUGUGAGAGACUACCUCUACUCCUGUAGCGAGCUGGGCCUCACCUCGGCACGAGACAAGUCCCUCAAGAAGAACAGCAUCCUUCUCAUGGAGCUGCACGUUCCUCGCAAGCAUGAAGCGCUGCGUGCACUGGACAGAGGACAGGCGAAACCUUCACGGCAGGCACGUGUGGUGGUGCAGUUCGGCAACCAGGCGGUGCCGAACGUGACAGAAUAUGUUGUUGGUCCCCUACCUUUCCCGAGUUCUUACCAGGUGAAGACAUUCAAGCGUGACAGAUCAAUCCGUUUCGAGUCCAGGCCAAUCUCCACUGUCGAGUACGAGCACCUGAAUGGGGUUUUGGAGAAAGUAGCGGCUAAAGCAAACAAGAUUCUGCAAGAGAGCACUGGGUUUACUUACGGAAACUGUACUAAUCGUUGCUUGACCUUCUCAGACAUCGCUCCUCGUGGGCUGGCACCGGGAGAGAGGCGGACAUGGAUCAUGCUGCAGAAGUUUGUAGAGGGCUACUUCAUCCACCCUGUGGGCUUCGAGGUCCUCGUUAACCACAAAGAUUUGGAUCACGAAAAGUGGAUGGUGGAGAAGGUGUGGUACAACGGCCAGUAUUUCGACAGUGUAGAGGAACUUGUGGAGAAGUACGAGAAGGGGACGAUCAAUAAACUCAAGCUGCCAGAGCAUGAUGAGGAGGAUCUUUUCUCAACCUAUAUUCCUCGUGGACGCAUGAACACACGGACAGAUGUCCAUGGAGCAAAGCUUGUGGAGCCCCAAGGCCGCAGAUUCCAAGUGGAUAGGAACUUUGUGGAAUAUGCCGGAUGGUCCUUUGCAUAUCGGGUUCGCUCUUCGGCAGGAUUGCAGAUCUUUGAUCUUCGCUUCAACGGGGAGAGGAUUGCUUAUGAGAUAUCAUUGCAGGAAGCCAUUGCCUUCUACUCCGGAGAUACUCCGGCUGCCAUGCAGACCAAGUACAUCGAUGCUGGGUGGGCGAUGGGUACCUCUGAUUAUGAGUUGUCACCUGGAAUCGACUGUCCAGAAAUUGCUCAUUUUGUGGAUCUUUACCAUUACUAUGACACGGACAAACCUGUGCGUUACAGAAAUGCACUCUGCAUUUUUGAAAUGACCACUGCACUUCCUCUGAGGAGACAUUUCAAUAGCAACUUCCAAGGAGGCUACAAUUUCUAUGGAGGCUUGGAAAACCAUGUCCUGGUGAUCAGAACUACGUCUACGGUGUACAACUACGACUACAUCUGGGACUUUGUCUUCUACCAGAAUGGCGUAAUGGAGUCUAGAGUGAGUGCAACUGGGUAUAUCCAUGCAACGUUUUUUACGGAAAAUGGACUGAACUAUGGAACCAGGGUUUACAACUAUGUUCUUGGCAACUUGCACACCCAUUUAAUUCACUACAAAGUGGACCUUGACAUUGCAGGAAGGGACAACAGCUUUGAAACCAUUGAUCUGAAAUAUGUUAACUUUAGCAACCCCUGGAGCCCAGGACACACCAUUGUGCAAUCAAAACUGCAUAGGAAGCAGCACGAAACUGAACGCAAUGCUGCCUUCCGAUUUGGCAAGAAGUUUCCCAAAUACUUGCACUUCUACAAUCCCAAUCAAAACAACAAGUGGGGGCAUAAGAAGGGCUAUCGGAUCCAGUAUAACUCGCAUGCUAACAGUGUUUUGCCCCGAGGCUGGAGGGAGGAAAAUGGUAUUUCUUGGUCAAGAUACCCGUUGGCUGUAACCAGACACAAGGACAAUGAAGUCACCAGCAGUAGCAUCUACACUCAGAAUGACCCUUGGGAGCCUGUGGUUUCCUUCGAGGAAUUCAUUCGCAACAAUGAAAACAUUGUUAACCAGGAUUUGGUUGCUUGGGUGACGGUGGGAUUCUUACACAUUCCUCAUUCUGAAGACAUUCCCAACACAGCGACUCCAGGUAAUGCAGUGGGAUUCUUCCUGCGUCCCUUCAACUUUUUCGACGAGGACCCCUCACUCGCGUCCCGCAGCACGGUCAUCGUGCGACCAGAUGAGAAGGGCCUGCCGAAGAUUCAGAGAUGGACUCCAGAGGUCGUAGGUCACUGUGUCUCAAACAAACCUUUCUAUUACAAUGGCACAUACACUGGUGUCUAGACAGAGACUGAGCUCAUUUAAUAUUGUGUUAAUUUUUUGUGCUUUAUAUAAAAUCAUAAAAGAGCUGAAAUGUGACAUUAAAUACUGAUGGUAUCAAAUAUUUUAAAAACCUCAUGAACAUCUGACUUAACUGACAACAUAAACAAGAUUGUUACAAACAUUAAGAAUAUUUAAAUGUUUUUUUCUCAAUACAAAUCUUACAAAUAAAUGUUGUAUUCAACAUUAUUAUAUUUUAAUCCAGGAAUCAGAAGAAAAAAUAUAAAAUUAUAUUUUGCAUACAAAUGCAGGAUUUUAAGGCAGUUUUGUACCUGUUAUAUUAUUUUCAUUACAGUUCAGCAGAAUUUCUUCUUGUUUUUAUAAAUUAAUAUGUAUUAAAUUCUGUACAACCAAUAUGACAAUGUAGCUAUAGUUACAAUUGUAUUUUACAACUGUAUU